AUGACCUUUCGACCUUUUUGUGUAUUUUUUGUGUGUUUUAAACUCCUUGAAACUUUAUUAUUUGGAGACAGUUUGCUAGACUUUCACUUCCUCUUUUUUAAAAAUCGAUUUUUAUAUUUAUUCCCGCGAUUUUCUUCCUUUUGUUUUCCUUCUUUCUUUCUUUUACCCCCUUCCUUUAUUUUCGUUCUACCUUUCUUUCUUUCUUCAUUUCUUUUACCCCAUUCCUUUCUUUUACCCCCUUCCUUUCUUUCCUUUUUUUUCUAUUACCCCCAUCCUUUCUUUUCGUUCUACCUUUCUUUCUUUCUUUCUUCCUUUCUUUUACCCACUUCUUUUCUUUUCGUUCUACCUUUCUUUUCCUUCUUCCAUUCUUUUACCGCCUUCCUUUCUUUUCGUUCUACCUUUCUUUCCUUCUUCCUUUCUUUUACCCCUUUCCUUUCUUUUCGUUCUACCUUUCUUUCCUUUUUUUCUUUUACCCCCUUCCUUUCUUUUCGUUCUACCUUUCUUUCUUUCUUUCUUUCUUUCUUUCUUUCUUUCUUUCUUUCUUUCUUUUCUUUCUUCCUUUCUUUUUACCCCAUUCCUUUCUUUUCGUUCUACCUUUCUUUCUUUCUUCAUUUCUUUUUACCCCUUCCUUUCUUUUUCGUUCUACCUUUCUUUCCUUCUUCCUUUCUUUUACCCACUUCCUUUCUUUUCGUUCUACCUUUCUUUUCCUUCUUCCUUUCUUUUACCCCCUUCCUUUCUUUUCGUUCUACCUUUCUUUCCUUUUUUUCUUUUACCCCUUCCUUUCUUUUCGUUCUAUCUUUCUUUUCCUUCUUCCUUUCUUUUACCCGCUUCCUUUCUUUUCGUUCUACCUUUUUUUCCCUUCUUCCUUUCUUUUUACCCACUUCCUUUAACUUACCUUUUCCUUUCUUUUUCCUCUUCCUUCCAUUUCCUUCUUUUUUUUCUUCUUUUCUUUUCCUUCUUCCUUUCUUUUCCUUCUUUCUUUCUUUUCCCUCCUCCAUUACUUCCCUCUUUCUUUCUAUUCCUUUAUUUUCUUUCCUUUCUUUUUCCUCUUCCUUUCUUUUUCCUCUUCCUCUCAUUUCCUUCUUUCCUUCUUUUUUCUCCCUUUCUUUUACUUCUUCCUUUCUUUUUCCUUUUCCUUUCAUUUCUUUCUUCCAUCCUUUUCUUUCUUCCCUUCUUUUCCUUCUCACUUCCUUUCCCUCUUCCUUUAUUUUCUUUCUUUCUUUUUCCCCCCUCUUUCUUUCUUUUCGUUCUACCUUUCUUUCUUCCUUUCUUUUUACCCCUUCCUUUAAUUUACCUUUUCUUUUCUUUUUCCUCUUCCUUCCAUUUCCUUCUUUUCUUUUUUCUUCUUUUCUUUUCCUUCUUCCUUUCUUUUCCCUCCUUCAUUUCUUCCCUCUUCCUUUCUAUUCCUUCUUCCUUUACUUUUCCUCUUCCUUUCUUUUCCUUCUACCUUUCUUUUCCUUCCUUUAUUUCUCUCUUCCUUUAUUUUGCCCCUUCUUUUCUUUUUUCUCCCUUUCUUUUACUUCUUCCUUUCUUUUUCCUUUUCCUUUCAUUUCUUUCUUCCAUCCUUUUCUUUCUUCCUUUCUUUUACCCCCUUCCUUUAUUUUCUUUCUUUCUUUCUUUCUUUCUUUCUUUCUUUCUUUCUUUCUUUCUUUCUUUCUUUCUUUCUCCUGUAGUUCGUUUCGUUCUCUUUUUCUUCCUUUAAUAUCAUUUCUCCUCUCAUUGCUAUUUCUUUCUUUCUUUCUUUCUUUCUUUCUUUCUUUCUUUCUUUCUUUCUUUCUUUCUUUCUUUCUUGUACAUAUAGUUAGUUUCUUUCUUUCGUUUUUAACCUUAAUUUUUCUCAUUGCUCUCUCUUUCUUUCUUUCUUUUCCUUCUUUCUUUCUUUUCCUUCUUACUUUCUUUCUUCUCUUUCUUCAUUUUACUUCUUCCUUUCUUUUUCUUUUUCCUUUCAUUUCUUUCUUCUAUUGUUUUCUUUCUUCCUUUCUUUUCCUUCUUCCUUCUUUACCCCUUCCUUUCUGUUCCUUCUUCCUUUCUUUCUUUCUUUUCCUUAACCCUUUUAUUUUCCUGCUUCCUUUCUUUUUCUUUCUUUCUUUCUUUCUUUCUUUCUUUCUUUCUUUCUUUCUUUCUUUCUUUCUUUCUUUCUUUUCCCUCUUCUUUUCUUGCAUCAUACCCACUGGGAUAUGUUUGAUACGUUAG